AUGACGGAAACUCUAUCCACUGCUUGUUUCCCAGAUUUGCCCUGUAAACUCCACAGCAACGGUGUCUUGGACAAGAACUUUUUGAUGGAGCAUGGUGUACGAAUCUUCACCGCCAAGGAUGACCUUAUUCCAUCCAGGAAUACACUGAAGAAGCACGUCGGUGAUGAUACGCAACGGCCGGAAACCGCAGUGGGAAUUGUAUGCGAGAUGUGCUUCAAGAAAGGACGUGUCGUUUACAUGGAAGCCCUCAAAACCGUUGCCAGAGGAGACUUUCUGGGAUAUCGAGCCCAGUUGCCUGGACGUAAUCGAGAAUGGGUGAAAAUGGGUGACGAAAAAAUUUCGUUUCACGGCUGUCUUGAGUAUAGCACUGUUGGGUUUCAAAAUACACAUAAUGUUAUGCUCAGCACCCUCCGGUUCAUAUUGGUACACGACCAUUCGACAAUGGCCAGGCUUUUACUGAAUCCAAAGGCCAUACUUACCAGAAAUGGUCGGUUGCUAGUAGAUGAAGACCCCUUCAAGUUCUCCUCCUUCGAUGGAUUUCUGUCAAAGAGGGUUGACGUAUCGAGCCACGCAUCUCAAGCUGCGCAGGUCACGCCUAAUCAGCCGUCCCAAAAUGCGCCGACAGCACAGAUGCUCACUUCACCGACACAUGGUCAAUAUAAUCCCAUAGCACAGAUGAUCUCUGCCUCACCGGAGACAUUGCUGAACGUAAAUUCAUAUCCACAGCCAUGUCCCUUUCUGCCUGAAGUAGAAUCCGAUACGUCGUCUAGAGGAUCAAAUGUUUCAACCGAGCAAUCUACACAAGGUGACGGCCAGAGAACUGAUGAUCACAUUCUCAUAACGGAAGACAGUAGAACAACUGGUACGACGAUGAGCCCAGAAAAGGUAGCCAGUUGCCAAAGCGACAUGUCCCUAAGACAUAUCGAUGAAGAAAUCGAAGAGGAAAGAAUCGCAAUUGCUCAGUUGGAACGGGCUAUCAAGGAGCUGGAGCAGAAAUUGAAGGAAAGAGACGCAGUGAGGAAGAAGAAGGCGGAGUUGGAAACGCGGCUUUCGAAUCUGAAAAAAGCGGCCGGCAUCUUGUGAUUCCAAAUGGCAGAACCCAACAAAGAUGACGGGCUUGGAUCGAGUGGAAGAGAAAAUAAGGGAGGGAUAGUAGCUCUUUGUAGGAUGGCUGUACGCUUCCGCAAUCGUACGGAAGG